GCUUUUGCCAAGCUUUUACUUCUCUGCACAGAUUUCACUCCUCUCUCUCUCUCUCUCCACAAGUCGCAAAGCUUUCUCUCACUACACACUUCCCUCUAGUGUUCAAGCAUAAUGGGAGACAACAAGCGCAAACGAGGCCGAAAGCCCAAACCCCAAGGCCCCGAAACCCUAGAUUUCCCAACAACCACCCCCACCACCUCCUCCUCCUCCCCCGCCAUCGACGACGACGCCAUCGUCUUCUCCGUCGCCAACGUCGAGCUCAUCGACAACAACAACAACCCCGCCGCCAAUCGCCGCCGCGGCCGCCCCCGCAAACUCCCCGACCACCACCCCGAAAAAGCCCUAAACAACGGCACCGCCGCCGGGGGGGCCCACAAUUCGGUGUCGGCCGACGGGGCGGUGGUGGCGAUGGCGAGGGCGGUGCCGUCGAUGGACGCCGUGGUGAAAGUCUUCUGCACGCACACGGAGCCCAAUUUCUCGCUGCCGUGGCAGAGGAAGAGGCAGUAUAGCUCGAGUAGCAGUGGGUUUGUGAUCGGUGGGAGGAGGGUGUUGACUAAUGCGCACUCGGUGGAGCAUUAUACGCAGGUGAAGUUGAAGAAGCGUGGGUCUGAUACUAAGUACGUGGCCACUGUACUUGCGAUUGGGACGGAAUGCGAUAUAGCCUUGCUUACAGUAGAGAGUGAUGAGUUUUGGGAAGGGGUGUCACCUGUACAGUUUGGGGAGUUGCCUGCACUUCAAGAUGCUGUGACAGUUGUGGGGUACCCAAUCGGAGGAGACACCAUUUCUGUGACAAGUGGUGUUGUUUCUCGCAUAGAGAUUCUUUCUUAUGUUCAUGGGUCCACUGAGCUUCUAGGUUUGCAGAUAGAUGCUGCCAUAAACUCUGGAAAUUCUGGUGGACCUGCCUUCAAUGACAAGGGAAAUUGUGUUGGUAUUGCCUUUCAGUCCCUUAAACAUGAAGAUGCGGAGAAUAUUGGUUAUGUCAUACCGACACCAGUUAUCAUGCACUUCAUUCAGGAUUAUGAGAAGAAUGGAGCGUAUACAGGAUUUCCAAUACUUGGAGUUGAGUGGCAGAAGAUGGAAAAUCCUGAUAUGCGUAUGGCGAUGGGAAUGAAACCUGAUCAAAAGGGCGUCCGUAUUAGAAGAAUCGAUCCCACUGCUCCGGAAUCUGAGGUUCUGAAGCCAUCAGAUAUUAUACUCAGCUUUGAUGGGGUCGAUAUUGCAAAUGAUGGAACAGUUCCUUUUAGACAUGGUGAGCGCAUAGGGUUUAGUUAUCUUGUAUCACAAAAGUAUACCGGAGAUGUUGCGGCGAUUAAAGUUCUUCGCAGUUCUGAAACUCUCAGAUUUAAAGUCAAAUUAAAGAGUCACAAAAGGCUCAUUCCAGCGCACAACAAGGGCAGACCUCCCUCUUAUUACAUUGUUGCUGGACUUGUUUUUACGACUGUAUCUGUUCCAUAUCUGCGUUCUGAGUAUGGUAAAGAAUAUGAAUAUGAAGCUCCAGUCAAGCUGUUGGACAAACUCUUGCAUGAAAUGCCCCAAUCACCAGAUGAACAGCUUGUUGUGAUAUCUCAGGUUCUUGUUGCGGACAUCAAUAUUGGAUAUGAGGAGAUUGUCAACACCCAGGUUCUUGCUUUUAAUGGUAAGCCUGUGAAGAAUCUGAAGAGUUUGGCUAGCAUGGUGGAGAGCUGUGACGAUGAGUUUUUGAAAUUUGAUUUGGAAUACCAACAGAUAGUGGUCCUUCGAACAAAGGCAGCCAAAGCAGCAACACUAGACAUCCUCACCACACAUUGUAUACCUUCUGCCACAUCAGAUGAUCUCAAAUCGUGAGACCAGGUGGUCAUGUGGGCGUACGUUAUAACCUUCUACCUCAGCCUCCCAACUGCACCGGUUUUGAUUUUAUUAUAUAUUGAAGCUCAUAUAGAGGGUAUACUAGUCAUUCCAAAUUCUAUAAAAUUUCAAGACAGGUUAGGGCUGAGGAGUGCACGUCAGCUAACAAUUUUGUUGGUAGAUUUAUGGAGAUAUUGUCUAGCAACGAGGUGUUGGGAGUGGGAAGUACCUCUACAAUUAUUAUUGAGAGGAGCAUCGGAAAGGGUGGAGGAUAUAUAGCUAUUGUAUUCUUCAACUUGGGGCAUUUGCUUUCUGAUUUUCUUUGCUCGCUUUUUUUUUUUUUUGGCUCUUUGGAGGCGAGAUUUUUGGACUUGUGUCUCGGUAGCUUACCAAUGCUUAAUAAUUCUUAAACUGCAAUAUUCUAGGAAUCUAUGGAAUUUCCAUUGCCAA